CCACCCUCCCUCUCGCAGGUUUUGCCGCAACGCGGCCACACUCAAGGCCUUUCAAAGAGAGAGAGAGAGAGAAGAAAGAGAGAGAGACAGAGAGACCCACAACGAAACUCCAAUGUCUGCACCACACCUCCCAUUCUGCCCUCCCCCAAAUCUCUAUCCCCACUUUUCUCCCUAACAUUCCCAAAUAUCCCCACAAUAUUGCCCUCUUAUGGACUUCUCAAAACUCCCUUCUGUCAAAUCACAAACCAAACUCCUCUCUCUCUCCCGCUCCUUAUCCUUCACCCUCCCCUUAUCCUGCGCCGCCUCCGUUCUGCCCCAACAACAGAAACAGCAGCAACAGCAGCAACAGCAACAGCAACAGCAACAACAACAGCUACAUCAGACCCCACACCUCAAAGACGUAACAGCCCAACUUCUUUCCUCUCCAUCUCUAAAUGCAUCCAAAUUGAAACAAAUCUUCACCGUUCUUUCGCCUCCUGUUUUUGAUUGCAUCCUCGCCGAGAUCCGACCAUCCAUAAACCCUAAAACUACCCUGCACUUCUUCUCCUAUGCAUCCGAUCACACCCAUUUCAAAUUCACUUUAAAAUCCUACUCGAUUUUGAUCCACGCCUUGAUCCAAUCCAAUCUCAUCGCCCCUGCUCGAUUGCUUCUUAUCCGCAUCGUGGAUCGGAAACUCCUGUUGCACAUUGAAAAACGAGAUGCCAUUCAUCUUGAGGUUGCCCGAUCGCUCGUUGAUACAAACAACAAUGGUGACUCGACCGCUGCGAUUGAUAUGUUGAUCCAUGUUUGCUGUACCCAGUUUAAACAGGCGGCAUUUGGAUUUGAUGUGUUCCGGAUGGUGUCGGGCUGCUCUCUGUUUCCAUCUUUGAAAACAUGUAAUUUCCUAUUGAAUUCGCUCAUCGAAUCGAAUGACUUUGAGAAGAGUUUUGCAGUUUUUGAAAUCAUGUGUCAAACUGUAUCACCGGACAUCUACUCCUUUGGGGCUGCCAUUAAAGGGUAUUGCAAGGGUGGAAAGAUUGACAAUGCAAUUGGAUUGUUUUCGAAGAUGGAGGAGUUGGGAAUUUCACCAAGUGUCAUUACGUAUAAUAUCCUAAUCGAUGGGUUAUGCAAGAAAGGUGAUUUGGAUGCUGCAUUUCAAUUCAAAGACAAAAUGAUAAAAAAUGGAAUAAGCCCAAGUCUUAUUACCUAUAGUGCUAUUAUAAAUGGCAUGGUAAAAUUGGAGAGAUUUCACAAUGUGGGUUGUGUUUUAAAUGAGAUGUCAGAUAAGGGGCUUGAGCCCAAUGUGGUAAUUUACAAUACGUUGAUUGGUGGGCACUGUAAAACCGGUGAUUUCAGGGCAGCAUCGAAGGUAUGGGAUGAGAUGGUGGGUAAAGGGAUCGAGGCGAAUUCAGUUACUUAUAAUUCAUUUAUGCGAGGUUUGUGCAAGUGGGGUCAGAUGGAAAAGGCGGAAUAUGUUUUGGAAGAAAUGCUAUCAAGUGGUAUUAGUCCACACAGCAAUGCAUUUGAUUCAGUUAUUUAUUGGCAAUGCAUGGAAUCUAAAUUGGAUUCUGCAGUUAGGCUCUUUAAGGAAAUGCUGUUGCGGAAUCUGCAGCCGAAUGAUGCGGUUUUGACGACGUUGGUUGAUAGGCUAUGUAAGGAAGGGCGAUGUCAGGAGGGAAUGGAGAUUUGGUUUAAGAUGUCAGCUAAGGGAUUUGCAGUUAAUACGGUUACUUCCAAUGCUUUGAUCCACGGGCUUUGUAAGAUGGGGGAUAUGAAAGAGGCAGUUAAGCUUCUGAAGGAGAUGCUAGAGAGGGGGGUGGCGUUGGAUUGCGUGACAUAUAACACGCUCAUCUCGGGGUGUUGCAAAGUUGGGAAGGUGGAAGACGGGUUUAAGAUGAGGGAUGAUAUGGUUAAACGGGGACUGAAACCGGAUAAAUUCACUUAUAAUGCACUUAUACAUGGGCUGUGUAAUUUGGGUAAAAUGAAAGAGGCUGUUAGGCUUUGGAAUGAGAGCAUGAAAGAUGGUCUCAUGCCUGAUGUUUUUACAUACAGUGCAAUGAUUGAUGGGUAUUGUAAGGCUAAUAGACUCGAUGAGGCAGAAAAGUUAUUCAAGGAAUUGGGCAUUCGUGGUUUAGAGUCGAACCAUGUUGUGUAUAACACGCUCAUUGGUGGGUACUGUAAAAGUGGGAAUAUGACGGAGGCUUUGAAGCUUCGUGAUGAAAUGAGAAGCAAGGGCAUUGAUCUGAGUGUUGUGACAUAUUCGUCACUUAUAGAUGGGACAUGCGGUGUCGGUCAUAUUGAGGAGGCAAAGCGUUUUCUGAAUGAAAUGAGAAGGGAAGGAUUGUUGCCAAAUGUUGCGUGUUAUACCGCACUGAUUCAUGGGUAUUGUAAGAUGCGGCAGAUGGAUGCAGCAAUAGAUGUCUUGCAGGAAAUGCGUGAGAACGGAAUACCUCCAAAUAAGAUUACUUACACUGUCAUAAUCGAUGGGUAUUGUAAAAUGGGUGACAUGAAAGAAUCAAUUAAGUUUCUAGAUGAGAUGUUGGAGAAUGGUGUGGCUCCAGAUGUUGUCACUUACAAUGCCUUGGUUAAUGGGUUUUGCAAGGGAGGGAAAAUGGAGGAGGCUUUUGAGAAAUGUGAUCAAAUGUCUCAAAGUGGUCAUGUUUUGGAUGAAAUUACAUAUACUACGUUGGUUCACGGACUGUCAAGUUCUGGGUUUUCAAGGGAAGCUAGUUUGAUAUCUGAAAACCUUAUCAAGCAGAAGUUGGUUCCUCCGCAUGUAAAACCAUUUUCAUCCAUUGCUGACCUCUCCAAGCUUGAUAAACAGUCUUCAAAGAAAGACAGCUAGAGACGUUGAUUGAUAUGCCAGAUUUGAUAAUAUGCUGGUGUUGCUAUGUACCCUGACAAUAAAUCAUUUCUGUUUUGGGAUGGGCCCUUUGAGUGGGGGUGGAAGUCGAUAUUGAUUAAUGACCUCUGAACAAAUGCUAACAGGCGUUUUAUUGGUGAACCAUCCAUGAGUUGUGCUCAAUGAAUGUUUUCCAGUUCAAGAAAUAACACAAUUUCUUCUUAGAUAAGAUUGAAGUUGGGAAUGUUUUGAUUGGCACUGAUGCCAUGCACAGUGGCUAACUAAGGGGCGGUGCAUUCAAAUAAAAGCUAAAUCGCCGUUGGAGAUUGAAAGUAUUUUCUAGGACCUAAAGAUGAAGAUGAAGAUUGGUGGUGGACAUGGGCAUGAUGGACUGUACUACCUUGACCGUGAUGUCACAGGUGCAACAGCGCAAAGAGAUAUCUCAGCUUAUCAGUGGCACUGCCCUCUCGGGAACCAUAUUAUCACCAAGGAAGGUGCAGUAACUUGUAGUGGACCGCCUAUCAUACCUCGACCCUGCAUAAUCUGUAUCUAUAUAACCUACUACCCGGAGAUGCCUAUGAUAUUUGUACAAGAUACCUUUCUGAGGCUGAAUUAAAGCAAGUGCGGCACUUGGUAGCCAACAUAUCAUGCAUUGAUACAGAUCUCAAUCGUUGAUGCUGUCCACCAAGAGGAUGUUAACAGCACUGGUAGCCAACCAUAUGCAUUGUUUUCAGAAUGAGGAGGAAUAAAGCAUGAGAGAGCAAGUCUGCAACUGAAGAUCCAGAUGUAAAGGGGGGCCUGGUAUGGCCCCUAGGGAAGGAGUCUUUUGGAGAUAGGUUCGGCUUUUUUGGUGUUUGGCACACCAAAUAUAAAUAACAAGGUUCAGUGCUGAGGCUGAAGCUAAAAAGUGCAGAUUGAUUUCCAAUUACAUGGUAAAUGCCUGCAAAUGGGCUAUUAUUACUUCUCAAAUUUGUUUGGUUGAAGGAGGAUUUCUGUCUCAAAAUAUGUGUAAAUCUUAGAGAAAUUGACCACUGUAGAUGCAACUUUUUAUCCAGUUUCUUUUCUGAAGAGUCCAAAACUUA